CUCUCCCCCCUCCUUGCUUCCCUAUCGGCUCGAGCUCGUGCUACAGCCCCCCUUUGUGUGCUGUACCUCUGCUACCACGGCCUCCCGAUCCUAUAGCGGCCACCCCGCCGCCGCCCCUGUGGAGGGACCGUCAGGCGUCGAGAAGCUCACAGGCCAGAAGAUGACAGCUCUGGACCCCCAGGCGCCGUCAGAGCUGAUGGUGCCAGCCAGCGACGUGUUGUCUGAGCAGCUGACGCCCAGGAGCGCGGCGCAGACACUGGUGGGGUACCAGGAGAACCACCAGAUUGAGCUCUUCAUGCAGGAGAUGCUCGGCGUCGUCUUCGCCAUCCUCCCCGAGGACCCCUUCGAGUACAUGACGCACCACAUCGCCCUGCACCGGCCUGCGCCGCCGCCGACCUCGGACAAGGAGCUCUGCGGCAGCGCUGCCCUCUGGGUGCUCCUCCGCGGCGGCGACGCGCUGUGCCCUGAGCACUGGCGGCUGCGGCGCUGCUGGCUCGAGCGCGGCGGAGCCUUCUGCAUCAGCGAGUCGGCGUCGAGCGUGACGAGGUCUGGCUCUGGGCUCGUCAUCGGGUCCCCUGCUGACAGCACGCCCCGGCGCGUCCCGCUUGAGGCGGGCUCCUCCUACCGCUCCCUGGACGAGUGCGAGGCCGCGAGGCCGUUUGCCUUCACGAUCACCUCCGGGCCGGACAGUUCCGGCCAGUCCCUGCAGCUCGCCGCGGGCUCCGAGGAGCAGCGCGACGAGUGGUUCAUGCUGUUCAAGCACUUCGCGGAUCCCGUGAUGCGGAAGGGCCCCGCGCCCAAGAGCGAGAGGAUCCUGUCCCCCCGCGUGGCGCCCCUCCCGGCGGCCGCGCAGCAGGCGGCGAACCUCAUGCAGGACAUCCAGAUGGUCGAGCCUCCUCCCGGGCAGGCGUCUCCUGCGCCCACGUGGUCGGAGCCGCUCAAGCCCCCCAAACUAAUGACGACCGGGCCCUCGGCGACGUCUCCGUUGACGACUUCGGCGACCUUCCCGGCGACACGCAAGGGCUUUAUCUCCGCACUGGACACUAACGACGAAGGUGGCGCGAUGGCGCCGCGCCCCCUGAAGCCCUGCCUGAAGCCCAGGCCUCCGCCGGCGGCCGCGGCCGCCGGGCCUGCCGUGCCCGCCAUCAGGAUCCCGAAGCGCUCCGGCAUCCAGGCCAUGGAGGCCGAAAACUCGACGCGGCGCACCUCCAUCAGGUUCAACGACCACGUGGACAAGAGCGUGUUCGAGGUUGCCCGUGCGGAGCCCGUGCCUGUGGCGCUGCGCGCGCACGAGAGCCGCCGCAAGCCUGGGGCACAGCCCAAGGCCGUCACGCGGCCGCCGCCAGCGCCCGCCGCCGCGGGCUUCCGGCCGCAGCCGCGCUCGCCGCGCCCCGCGCCGGAGGGCACCGCCGUGGCGGACGAGAUCGGCAUGGUGGACCUACAGGGUCAGGCUCCCUCCGGCGUCCCGAAGGUGCCCCUCGCCCUGGACCAGCAGCAGCUCUCCGCGGCCGAGCCGCCCACCCAGGGAACUUCGAGCGGCGCGGUGAGCCGGGAGGAGGCGGUGAGCCUCGCCGCCAAGGUCCUCUCCGACACGGUUCUCGCGCACGGCGGCGGCGUCUCGCAGAGGCGCGAGCGCGAGGUGAAGGAGAUGCUGUCCAACCUGCUCGACAGCUUGGCGGGCGCGGAGCCGCAGGA